CUUUCUUAUAUUGACUCUUUCAUCAUUUAUGCACCACAUCUUUUAUCAUCACAAUUGAUAGCUUGUUUCAUCCUAAGUAUGGAUUCAAAAUCCCCUUUCAUCUUUCUCACCUUCUUCUUUGUAGGAAGUUUGGUAGCUUUGGCUCUUCAUAUCUACUUCUUCUCACCUAUAUCACCUCAAAUACUUCACGUGCCUCCAUCUUUAGUGAACUCCUUUGACACCCACUUACCGGAAGUGACAAAAUUAGGAGAAGGGCUUGUGAAAGACCCAGAAGAUGUAUGUGUCGAUAAACAUGGGAUCUUGUAUACAGCAAGUAGAGAUGGGUGGAUCAAAAGAUUGCACAAAAAUGGUUCCUUGGAGGACUGGAAGUGGGUAAACAGUAGCAGUUUGCUUGGCAUGACCACCAUCGCAUCUGGUGGUCUUGUUAUUUGUGACACUGAAGAGGGUUUGCUUAAGGUUGAUGAGGAUGGAAUAACAACCUUACUAUCCCAAUUCAACGGCUCCAAGCUGUGGUUUGCAGAUGAUGUGACAGAAGGGAAAGAUGGUAGCUUGUACUUCAGCAUAGCAAGCACCAAAUUUGGUCUCCACAACUGGUACCUUGAUUUAUUAGAAGCCAAGCCUCACGGACAGCUUCUCAAGUAUAAUCCUCAAACCAAUGAGACUACAUUAUUGCUGGAUAAUCUCUUCUUUGCAAAUGGAGUCGCUCUAUCAGCUGACGAACGUUACCUUUUGGUAUGCGAAACAUUCAAGUUUAGGUGCCUAAAAUAUUGGCUGCAAGGCAAGCUGAAGGGAAAGACUGAGGUUUUCAUAGAAGAUCUCCCAGGUGGACCUGAUAAUAUCAAUCUUGCUCCGGAUGGAUCAUUUUGGAUUGCAUUGUUACAGCUCACAAGCAAAGGGAUGGAAUUUGUGCACACCUCCAAGAUUGCUAAGCAUUUACUAGCAACAUUUCCAAGAAUGAUGAAUAUUGUGCAGGGCCAACACAAGAGAGCUACAGUUAUAAAGGUAUCAGAAGAUGGCAAGAUAUUGAAGAGGUUCGACGAUCCUGAGGGUAAAGUCAUAUCAUUUGUGACUUCCGCUGUGGAAUAUGAAGGAAACCUCUACCUAGGAAGCUUACAUGCCAAUUUUGUUGGUAAAUUACCACUAGAUCAUUGAUGAAACACGUGUCAGUACGUUGUACUACCUCUGUUUCAUUUAGUUGAUGUUUCGGAGUUUUGAACUAGCCUAUAAAUCAUUGUUAUUUUGAUAACAUAACGUAAGACGAAUGUUCAACUCUACUUGAUAUUUUAUCCUCAACAAUAUUUAACAAGGUACAA